AUGGAAGAUUAUGUCGGUAUUUGCCGCUCAUCCGUCAAAUGGGGUAAAAUAUCUUCCCGAGGAGCAUUUCAAGCAAUUAAGAUUGCUGCUACUAGCUUUCCCAAGAUCACUCCUACUUUAGCUUACAAUGGCUUUGAUGAGUAUAAAGAGCGCAUUUGCUAUUAUCAUACUUGGUUUAAGGAGUAUGAUCGUUUGUACUUUGAGAUUUGGCGGCGUGUCACAAAGGGAACGAGUUUCAGAAAGGCUAUGGAGGAUGUUUGCAAGAUGAACAAGUUUCCAGUACGACAAGGUUUAAUGCAAACUGCCCUGGACCAUGAGUACACCAUGACGUUGAUGGAAGAGGACUUCCAUACCUGCACGGCAGCCAUUCGCCCUGGAGUUAAAGAGGAUAAAGCUAAGGAGUUGAUCGCAGGCGGAGUUAAAAAGCUGGUUAAUAUGCCCAAGUCCUAUGAGGAUUAUAUUAGAAAAAAGAUAGAGAUUGCAUGCAUUAUUGGAAUUCUUCCUUCCGAGAAGACUGAGGCAACAGUAUAA